AUGACGCGUCCCACGCCCAAAGUUGAGUCUCCUGGGCGAGGAACCCUGGGGUCUCGCCCAGUCCAAGCAGAGGUUGUGGCUGAGUUCGAACCGUUUUCAGCGGCGAUAAGGGAAGUUGUCAUUCCAGACAAUAUGAAGAAUAUAGUGCUGGAGACCUACAGUGGAAAAGUUGAUCCCAAGGAGCACCUGCUGUAUUUCAACACAAAGAUGGUGAUCAGCGCCGCUUCUGAUGCGGUCAAGUGUAGGAUGUUUCCAGUCACGUUCAAAGGCACAGCAAUGGCGUGGUUAACGACUCUACCACGAGGAUCCAUCACGAACUUUCAUGACUUCUCAUCCAAAUUCCUUGUCCAGUUCUCGGCGAGCAAAACUAAGCAGGUGACGAUUGAAGAUUUGUACAACGUGCGUCAAUCUGAGGGCGAGACUUUGAAACAGUACGUGAAGCGGUUCAGCCCUGCAUCAGUAAAGAUAGAGGAAUCCGAGCCAAAUGCCUAUGCCCGCGCCUUUAAAAACGGAUUGCAGCCAGGGAAGCUAAAUAGUAAAUUGAGCCGAAAGCCAGCCAAGUCAAUGGCGGAGGUGCGAGCCUGGGCGAACACGUACAUACUUGACGAAGAGGAUGACGCUUUUAAGCGGAGACGCGCAAAGGUAGAGAAGGAUGGCGACCAGAGGGAUGUGUCACCAGAAGAUAAGCCGAGCAAGGAGAAAGUAGAGGGAAGCAGAAGACGGGACAGGAAGGUUCGAACAGGGGAAAGGGCACCGAGGGAAUCUUUGUAUCCUAAAAAGGAAAAUUUUGAGCGGCGCCGGUCCUAG